CCCCGGUUAACUCGCUCCUUAUUACAUGGUACUUCGCUGGUGAGGAGUGGGAAUAUAACUAGUAUAAGUAUACUACGCCUCUGCCUAUCCCGUCAGGGAUGCAGGCGUGAUGUUAUGGUAUGUUAGGUGUCUUAAGCGGUGAUUUUAUGGAACGCAAUAUUUCACCAUACUAAUAUAAUGCAGGUGUACCAUCGGAGAAGGCAAUCUCCUAAUUGAGCAUGCUACAAUGACUGUCUCAGACGAAGCAGAGGAAUGGAUUUCAAAGUGGAAACGACGCUCCUAUGGCUCAUUCUCGUGAUAAAUGCACUUGUGACAGCACAAUCCACAAUAUGCCCGAUUCCGGAAACGAUACUUCCAUGCAUAUGCACGAACAGAAACGAAGAUAUUCAGAUAUGGUGCACACACAGCGAUUUGCCGCAAGUUGUCAAGGGAGUCCAGAAAGUUGGAGAUUACAUCAGAAAGCCAAUAGAUGAACUCAUAAUUGAAAAUAAUUACCUCCCAUCGCUACCAGGGAAGAUAUUCCAAAAUGUGAAAAUACUCCGCUUGAUGUUACGUCACAAUGGUCUCGAAAGAGUAUCCGCAGCAUGGUUGGAAACGCAAGAAGCAAACUUGGUAGAAAUAUACAUAGUCGAAAAUGAUUUGAGAAAUGUACCCGCUGAGAGCCUAAUGAAACUACAAAAUCUACAAGCAGUUACGAUCGAAUCACAAAAUCUGAAACGGAUACCAGCUCUACUAAACAUGCCAAAACUAAGAUAUGUGAACAUACAGUCGGAAAGUUUGAUUGCUGUAAAUGAGCAUACAUUUGAAAAUCUACCAAUUCUGGAAAGGUUGUUUAUAAGGGGAAGUCCAAACCUUAGAAUUCUGAAGGAAAAUGCGCUGUAUAACUUACCUAAACUGCGUAGACUUGAAAUAACAGACUGUGGCAUCAAUCUUAUACACAUGAGGGCUCUGUCUCUACUGCCUACAUUAUCGGAACUAUCGUUGAGUAACAAUAAAAUUAACGAUGCUACAAUGGUCGGCCGUGCUACGAGAGACUUGCCAAAUCUCACACUUCUAAAUCUCAAUCAUAAUCUUAUUGAUAAACUAAACGAAGGAGCUUUUGUCGAUCAGCCUAUGCUGGAGAAACUAUAUCUAUCAAACAACAACAUAAAUAUUAUACACCAUGGAGCAUUUCAUAGAGUCCCUAAACUCAGAAUUGUUGACCUUAAUUAUAACCAAAUUAGUCAAAUACACCCUGAAUCAUUUUUACAGCAAUCCGGUAGUGGCGUAGAAGAGCUUACUCUGAUCGGGAACCAAAUUAUGCAUAUUUCAGAAUUUCGAGCGUUACUUGAUGCAUUACCUCGCUUGCGAUUUCUUGAUAUGAGCGAUAACUUGUUGCAAGAAAUUCCUAGAGGCGCUCUACGAGGCCAUCCGAAUUUAGAGCGGUUACACUUGAACAAAAACAACAUUAAAUUCAUCCAAGCAGACGCGUUUAUGACUAUGCCUGCGUUGCGAGAGUUACACUUGAGAAAUAAUUCGCUCACUGACAUGAUUGAAGGUCCAUUUUGGAAUCUGCCAGCAUUAAAAGGUUUAGAUUUGUCUUACAAUUUAUUCCAACGAUUACAACCCAAACUGUUAUUCAACCUGCCAUCUCUACGGCGAAUUAACUUUAGUAACAAUCAGCUGGCCAUUAUAGACCCCAUAACAUUCAUGCAAACACCGUUGUUAGAGUUUAUCAAUAUUUCUUCAAAUGCUCUCGUUUCUACACAUCCAGCGACAUUUAGAAACUUGGAGAAUCUCUACGAAUUGGAUGUUAGUUCGAACAGACUAGUAGAAUUUGUUCCUGGUUUGCCUAGAGGAUUAGAAAAACUUUAUUUACAGAAGAAUCAAAUAACAAACUUGCCCAUGCCACCAUCACCAGACCUAGAUCUGCCUUCUUUAAGAACUUUAGAUAUUUCAAACAAUGGAAUUCAAAAAGUGCCACACAAUAGUAUGAAAACACUUCAUAACCUACGCAGAUUUUAUAUGAAACGAAAUGGUUUAAGGCAAAUCGACGUCACAACGUUCUCGGACUUAGGCCAGUUAGAAGUACUAGAUUUGAGCGAUAACCAAAUAAUUUCGAUUCACCCUAAAAGCUUCAGUAACAUGGCAAAUUUAAAGCAAGUAAAUUUACAUGGGAAUACAAUAGAAAACUUUGACUUUGUUGCGAUUAAAGAUAAUGCUGUGUUAUCAACUUUAGACUUCAGUAAAAACAAACUGAAGAGCAUCAGUCCAAAUAUUGUAAACAAAGCUUUAGAUGUCGAAGUCUUAAAUAUUUCAUCAAAUCAUCUCAACGAAUUACCCGUGACAUUAAAUAUGCUGCCUAAAUUGAAGAUUUUAGAUGCCAGUUACAAUCAUAUUAAGCGAUUUGAUGGAAACACGAUAAACAACAUACAUUCUUUAACAGGUAUAAAAAUGCCUAACAACAAGUUGACUGAGAUACGCACUGGUACUUUCAGAGAUCUGAGAGAUCUAGAAACGAUUGAUUUAGACAAUAAUCAAAUUGAAAUUAUUCACGCAAAAGCGAUUGAAAAUCUUCCAAACUUGGUGGCAAUUCAUCUGAGUCGAAACCACAUCGUUGACUUGCCUGACCGCGUGUUUUCUAAUCUGCCUAAGUUGAGGAUAAUAGAGAUGCAAGGCAACCGACUGCAGUUUAUAUCAGUUCGAGCUUUCGAGAACAUUCCAUUGGUUCAGUACAUGAAUUUAAGCAAUAAUCAGCUGACUAACAUCGAUAGCUCGGGAUUAAGGCAAUUGUCAUCUUUGGAAGUGUUAGAUCUGAGUCUUAACAGACUGACGCAAAUAACGAGAGCCACAUUCCAAUACAUGGAGUGGUUGGUAGAAUUGAAUUUAGAUAACAACCACAUUUGUCAUGUUGGUGGUCAGCCAUUCGAUUUUAUGCCAAGACUAAAAGUUUUGUCACUACGUAAUAACAAAUUAACAACGGUGUCUGAGCCAACUUUUGCGAAGUUGCGAAAUAACAUCGCCAUUUUGGACAUGGAUGGCAAUCCUCUCGUGUGCAACUGCAGAAUAAUAUGGCUGAAAUCUUGGCUGUCUGAAUCAUCGUCUAUUGGACCGAAAUGUGCGGAUGGAACCUACGUUAAAGGAAUGCCAUUUUCAAGAGACGAUUGUGUAAAUGCACCAGUUAGUAAUGAAGACUUAAGGUCGUGCGUAACACACGAAAAUGAAGCACUGCUCCCCAACUUGGCAACGUCGCAAGUAUUUUCAUCAUUGGAUAAGAUAAAAGACUAUGCAACGCAAAUCAGAAAUAACUAUCAGAUUAAUAAAAUUACGAAUAGACCAUCACCUGAAGAAUCCGAGUAUUUCUAUGACGAGUACGUCGAUUAUCCUUACAACGAGACAUUAAUCGAUGGUCUUAACAACGAAGUCAAUCAGAUACAGAAUACGAAUCGAUCGCAAACUCUUGGACAAACUCCUACAAUCUAUGCCGGUAUGAAGAAUAAUAUGGGAAAUAAAAACACAGUCGCGACCACUAGCAAGCCUCCUACUGGAGGAUUCACAUUCUUCGGCAUGCCUUUACCUUCCAUUGACAUGGGGAAGCUGUUGAAUACUGGUCGCAAAGCAGACUGGACUGAAAACAAGAACCAAAACGGAAAUAAAUACCAUACACCAGAUACACCUAAGUUCGAAACUGGAGGUUUUGAACCAGUACUACCAACGACAGCUGGUGGGUUCACACCAAUAUUGAACCCUGCCAUUAAUAUGACACACAACAUUCUUAACAGUCAAGGUGGAAGUAAUUAUAGCAUGGGAGGAAAUGUUCAGCAGAGUAUAGCAGUGGACUCUUCAAAACCACCAGUCAAAAUAGUACAAAGUAACACAACUCAUCAAAAGAUGAAGAGCGAAAUCCACGAACUUCAGGCUUAUCUGGACGACGAUAACAGUACACAUAUUGCCUACAACAGAACUAAAAAUGUAGAAGAACAGAAGAGUGAUCCUAUCAACUUGAGCAAAUACAAUAUGAUGGAGUCAAACCUUACUAUAACUCAGGUGACAGAGAAGGAAGGAAUACUGAUUACUACAGACACAAGCCAUGAUAUGUCAUUACAAGCAUGGAUGGAGACUAGUACUGUGUCAUAUGGAUCUUCCACUCCAGUGACUUCUAAGCCUCCUAUCAAAAAACAUGUGGAUAACAUUGAGAACCAGCCUACAGCAUUAUCAGCUGUUCUGGUGCCAAAUAAUGAAGAAUUAAUAAGAAGAAACUACAGUAAGAGACCAGCUACUAUCACCAAAGUAAACAUGCCUCAUGUAGAGCAUUAUGAUUUAAGAGAUAACUACUCACCAGUGAUAAACAGAGAAGCGAAAACUAGAUUUACAGAACCUUUAAACCCCGUGAACACAAGAACGAAACAAUCCGAUGGAAAAGACUGGUAUUACAAAAAUUAUAAUAAUUCUAAUUUAGAGCCUUACAUUGCCCCUGGGGUGCACACCACCAAUAGAAGCUUUCAGAUUAAUAAAUCAGCUGUUAUAUUAUAUCAUAUGAUCUGUUAUAUAAUUUGUAGAUUUAUAUAAACAGAAUAAUACAUUAUCACAUGAGUUAAUGUACUGUAAACAAUCCUUAGUGCAGUAGGUAUGUUUGACUUUUAGAAUGGGUUUGAAUUAAAAUAAAUGUGUUAUAUAAACUUA